UAUUUUGUCAUAUCACUGCCUACCUGAAGAAUUAAAAAUUAAUAAUUUGGGAAAUCCUCAUUCGUUUUCCGUAUAUUAAUUGUUUCUUUGUUAUCAAUAUUUAAAAUGUCUAAAGAUAAUACACCGGUCAAAUCACCUAAAUCGCCAAAAGCAAUAAAAACAGUAGAAGACUUCGAAAAUCAGGACACACUGUUGAAGCAUGUCGAUAUAACUAUUGUGGAGUCAGAGAAACGAGCUAAUGGUACUCUACACGUCAGAGAUCAUUACACAGUAUAUCUCGUCGAUUUAAAAGUUACAGAUCCUGAUUACAAAUUAGUACAAUCAAAAAUAAGCACAAUCUGGAGGAGAUACACUGAAUUCGAACAAAUACAUGAUUACCUACAAGUCACAUAUCCACAUGUUGUUAUACCUCCAUUACCAGAGAAAAGGGUGCUUUACGCGUGGCGCAAAUCGGACACUACAGACCCGGAGUUUGUGGAGCGCCGUCGAGCUGGCUUAGAAAAUUUCCUAUUACGAGUCGCAUCUCACCCUCGACUAUGUUUCGAUGAUCAAUUCAUUAAUUUCCUACAAGAAGAACAUGGUUGGCGGGAAACUAUCACCGAUAGUGGAUAUUUACUACAAGCUGAAAAUAAAAUAAAAUCACUGUCCGUAUCUAUAAGGUUGAAGAAGCCCGAUCCUGAAGUUGAGUCCUUCAAAAAUUACGGGAAACAAUUAGAAACUAAUUUAGGAAACUUUUUAUAUACAAGAUCCAAAAUAAUAGAAAAAAAUUACGCUCUAUGUAAACUGCACGCGAACUACGGCAAACUAUUUAGCGAAUGGAGCGUCAUCGAGAAAGAGAUGGGAGACGGAUUGCAGAAGGCCGGACAUUAUUUCGAUUCAAUAGCGGACAGUAUAGAUUCGGUUGCGGAAGACGAAGAACAGCUGGCGGACCAAUUAAAAGAGUAUCUGUUUUAUGCGGGAGCUCUGCAGCAGCUGUGCAGCAAUCAUGAGGCUCUCCAACGAAACCUGGAACAGGCACAAGACACGCUCAAUAAUCGGUUAGCAGAACGCACCAGAGCGGCGGCGGGAAAAUCCGGUAUAAUGUCCCGACUGUUUGGUACCACGGAUCCUGAUAUAGUGCGGGACCAAACUACGCGAGCUCUCGACGCUAAGAUACAAGCAGAUAACGAAGCCAUAGAAAAGGCUAAACUGGAUUUAGAAGAAUUCACAAAGAAAGUUAUGGUAGAAAUAGACCAUUUCCAGAAGCAAAAAGAUAAGGACUUGCACGAGUCGCUAGUAAAUUUCAUAACAUUACAAGUUAAAGCUGCGAAAAGGAAUUUGCAAGCAUGGACACAAAUAAAAGAAUGUCUACAGAAUAUGCCUUAAAAUUUUUUAUCUUAAAUUAGUACUGAUUUUUAUACUGAUAUUUACCAAAACUUAAUUCACUGCUGUAUUCUAUCUACUAUAUCUUUUGUGAUACAAAUUUCAAAGUUCA